CCCGUUUACCCUACGUCCAGCUCGUCCGUAGAGACCCCCGUUUACCCUGUGUCCAGCUCGUCCGUGGAAACUCCCGUUUACCCUGCGUCAAGCUCGUCCGUAGAGACCCCUGUUUACCCUACGUCAGGCUCGUCCGUGCAAACUCCCGUCUAUCCCGCCUCAAGCUCGUCGGUGAAGACUCCUGUCUAUCCCGCCUCAAGCUCGUCCGUGGAGACUCCCGUCUAUCCCGUCUAUCCCGCCUCAAGCUCAUCCGUGAAGACUCCUGACCACUCGACACCGGCACCCUCCAAGCCGGAGCACUCUUCUCCAGCCCCUCAGCCCACUGGAGAAGGAUAUGUUCCCGGAAAGCCUGUCGAACAGUCCCAGCCAAGCGCCCCUGUUGAGGUCAACUACCCAGUCUAUCCUACCUACCCAGCAGGCAACAAGCCAGAACCCACCUCUCCGGCUCCUCAACCCACCGGAGAGGGAUACGUUCCCGGCAAACCCACGCCGCCUGCGCCUUACCCCGUGGCACCGCUCAACAACGGCACCAGCGGUACGCCCCCCGUGUACCCGAUCGCCAGCGGAACGGGGGCCGGCUCGUACCCGAGCUACACUCCCCCUGCCGAGUUCACCGGCGCAGCCAGCAAGUUGGGCGUCGGC